AUGUCUGCACGUACUGCGAUGCGCCGUCUGCAGGAUUCAGUGCGCACAUCUCUCCUGCUUAAAAGCGGCAUUGAUGUUGUACUCUAUGGUGUUAUACACAAUAUGAACUCAAAUAGUGACUCUAAAAGGUACCCCAUAAAACUACGCAGAGAAGAGGCUAAGUCGGGUUGCAGGAGUCAAGAAGUCAGCGGUCUAGUUGGUGUCAGAUCAGAGUUUCGGGAUGCCAUGCCGGUGCAAGCAAACCCAGUGGAGGUUAUCGCUCCAUUGCAACUCUACGAAUGUCAACGACUGGUGAACCGUACAGCCUGCGUGGGAAAAGCGGCCGUACGGGAGCCUGAGAUAGGGACCCCGGGCAGCGACGUGCGGUGCGCGGACGCCGUGCGGCAGCGCGGCUGCAACAUGGUGGGCCACCGCUGCAAGUGCUCCGAGGCGCCCGUCUGCCCCGGCGAGGCGCCCUUCGCCUUCGCCAGCCGCGACGAGUGCGAGAUGAACCUGGCCGUCAUGCUGGCGCACGAGCAGGCCGACGCCUCCGCUCAAGACGUGAUAUUACUGACAUCAAACCCAUGA